AUGUCACCUCUCGCAGUCUGUCUGUCUGUCUCCCUCCCUCUCUCUCUCUCCCUCCCUCUCUCUCUCUCUUUCUCUCUCUCUCGCCCUCUCUCUCCUUUGCGGAUAAUGAGUGCGCAUUUGUUCUUCCUCUCUGGAUCCUGUUUUUUUUUUUUUUGGACCCCUCCUCAGCUCCGCACCAGACGAGAGAACCGCGGGGAGAUCUUCAAACUCUGUGGGAAAACAACAAGAACUUGUUUUGCAGCAGUGGGAGCUCAUCGAGCCAGAAGGACCAGUGCAUUUAUUUCAUCCAGAAAAAUGACCACUUCUUUGGAGAGGGCCGUGGCCCAGAAGAAGGAGGCCAUCGAGGCGGCGAUGGACAUGUUUCAGAAGGGGGCCGAGGUGUUGGCCAGCGCCGUGGGCGAGCUCUUCCCCCUCUGUGAGGCCGCCGCCCCCGUCCUCCGCUUGGCCUUGGACAACGUCCACAGCAAAGAGGUCUUCUACGUCAAAGAGCAGUUCCUGACGGUGAGGAACAAGCUCGACGUGCUCUCCACCCAACUGGAAGACAUCGACUGCGAGAUCAAGAAGGGGAGGCUGGAUUCCCAGUACUUCUCGGUGGAGGAGAACAUCAGGAACCAGUUUCGGAAGUACAUGGACAUCUUGGAGGCGAAACAGCAGUUCCGGGAGGUGAAGACCAGACUUUUUGUGGAGCACUUCGCCAAAACCGGAGGGGAGAAGAACCUGUUUGUGCUGCACGAUGCUCUGAUGGGGACCAACAGCUUCGGGGAGUCGGUUUUAGAUUUGGUCGAAAGGUACGUGGCGAGGGACCGUCGUCUCCUGGAAGAGUUCUGUGUCCGGAUAAAGGAGCUCCUCUGUCUGGGUCUGAUCGCUCUACUGGGCCACUGCGCCCUAACGCGUCCCCAAGACGAAGAAGACGACAAAAUCCAGGAGUGGAGCGGCAAGAUCGAAGAGGUGGAGUCCAGGAUGAAGUCCACCAUUGAGUCCUGCAUCGCCGCCUUCCCAGAGCAGGCGAAACUAGACGCUCAGCACCUCCUGCAAGAAAAGGAAGAGGACAACCUGCAAAACACGACCCAGCAGCUGCUCGAGUUCCUGGUGAAGAAGUACGAUUGGGUCAGCUGGUCGGUGCGGCUCAUCAACCACUCGGGCAGCUCCUACCGGAACUGGCGAGCGGGCGAGCGCUUCCACCACGUGGCGGGACGCAACUGGUUUGAGGUGCUCCAGGUGAACGACAUCAACCUGGUGGUGUCGUACAGCGGCGAACCGCGGCCGGUGCCCCGCGACGCCAUCCGGCAGGCGAUGGAGGGCCAGGCCAAGAAGGGCAACGCGCCGGCGGCGGUGGAGGCGCUGGAGGAGCGGCUGGGCGGCUUCGUGGUUCACGCCGUCAGUCGCCACAAGCAGUCCGCGGCGGCGUGGAGCUUUCCUGACGACUGCCACUACUGGGAGAGGCACAAGAACGUGGCGGUGUGCGUGCACUCGGAGUGAAGCCGGUGCCCGCUUGAAGCUUUUGGGGGGGGGGGGGGUUUGCAAGCGGAGGGGUGUGUUUGAGUCGAGAUGGCGUGGAUCAGAUGGGGAGCGCGGCCGAUGGGCGUCGGCAACACCCGGGUAUCGACCACGUGUCAACAUGGACAUUUAAGCCCGCCUUCGUUUAGAGCAACACACAUACGUCAGGACCUCACGGCAGUUAUUAGUCAGAAUUUCCCAAUAUUCACGCCCCUUUGGAAGAGUGACAUCAUCUGACCUUCUGACUUUCCCUGAAACGCCGUUUUCACCGCUGUGCUUCAGAUUCUGUAUCUAAAUGAAAGCCUGUGAGAAGUCUCGAUAACGAUAAGUCUCAAUGUCUCAACCCUCCAAAACCUGGUAGAGUAGCAAAGUAAAGUAACUUAAAAUGGAAAUACACAAGUGCAACUAUAGUGUAUUACAGUAAAGUGCUUGCUAAAAUCGACCUCAUUACUUGGAUCACUGAUCACUGCGUGUAGUCACCUGCAUACCUCGGGGAUCACAAAACAUGUAUUUUAGAUACAAUUAAAGAUAAAAUAACUAAAUCACAAAUGCAUUUUUGUUAUCUUUCUUCCCCCCCCC